UUCAGCGCCCUGCGCCCAAGCUCCAGCUCCGAUCCGUAACCCAAACAAACGACACCUUGGGCUUGGAGCCUACUGUGCCACCGGCCCGCCCACGAGACCCCGCGGCCAUGUCCAUCCCGCGGCUCCUCCUCCUCGCCGUCCUCGCCGCCGCCGCUGCGUGCGCGCCCGCGCACGCCGCCGGCGCCGGCGCCUGCGCGGCGGAGAAGUUCUCGGGCAACCGCGCGUUCGCGGCGUGCGCCGACCUGGCCCGCCUGGGCGCGUCGCUGCACUGGUCCUACGACGCCGCGGCGGCGUCCCUGUCCGUGGCGUUCCUGGCGGCCCCGCCUUCCGCGGGCGGCUGGGUCGCCUGGGGCCUCAACCCCAGGGCGCAGAGCAUGGACGGCACGCAGGCGCUGGUCGCCGUCCCCAGCUCCGGCGGCGGCGGCGCGUACGAGGUGCAGACCUACAGCAUCUCCGGGACCUCGCUCGGCGCCCCGGGCCCGCUCUCCGCCUACCGGACGUCGGGCCUCGCCGCCGAGGUCGGCGGCGACGGCCGCGUCCGCGUGUUCGCGACCCUCGUGCUCCCCAACGGCACGGGCGCCGAGGUCAACCACGUCUGGCAGGUCGGGCCCUACUCCGGCGGGAUCCAGAUACACGACACCAAGGGCGACAACAUGAACGCCAAGGGGACGCUCAACCUUCUAACCGGCGCCACUGCCGCCGCCAGCGGAGGGGGCAGCAUCAUCAGGAAGAAAAAUACUCAUGGGAUCCUGAAUGCGGUGAGCUGGGGGCUUCUGCUGCCCAUGGGAGCCAUCUUCGCGAGAUACCUCAAGACGUUCAGGUCGGCUGACCCGGCGUGGUUCUACCUGCACGUCGCUUGCCAGCUGCUCGGGUACGGCGUCGGGGUGUCCGGCUGGGCGACCGGCAUCCAUCUCGGAAACCUGUCCAAGGGGAUCACCUACUCGCUCCACAGGAACAUCGGGAUCACAGUCUUCGCUCUCGGCACUCUGCAGAUCUUCGCGCUCUUCCUGAGGCCGAAGAAGGACCACAAGUACCGGGUGUACUGGAACGCCUACCACCACUCGGUCGGCUACACCGUCAUCGUGCUGGGCGUCGUCAACAUCUUCAAGGGCAUGGCCAUCCUCGACGUGGAGCAGAGGUGGAAGACGGGCUACAUCGCCGCCAUCUCCGUCCUCGGCGCCGUCGCCGUGGCCCUGGAGGCCGUCACGUGGGGCGUCGUUCUGAGGCGGAGGAAGGAGGAAAGCAAGAGCUACAACGGCACCUCUAACGGCGGCCGCUUGCCGCUGUCUAUGUAGCUCGUCGCCAUGUAUCUCCAUCAUCUGGAGAGGCAGCAAACAGCCGUGCGACUGGCUGGCGCUGGCGCGCUUCUUUCCCAUCGUGUUUUCGUUACACAUACAUGCAUGCUAAUCUAGACCGGUAGUAGUUCACAUAGUACUUCGUUACAUGUAUACAGUUUACUUCAA